UGUUCCCGUUUAUAAAAAGGUGGCCUUUCUUUGGAGUCCGACCACGGGAGACCGAUGAAAGCGGCUCGGCGGCGGCGGAGGGUGUGCGAACUCUGCGGCGGCGCGGCCGCCGUGCACUGCGAGGCGGACGCGGCGCAUCUCUGCUGGUCCUGCGACGCCCACGUUCACGGCGCUAACUUCCUGGUGGCGCGCCACCUCCGCCAGGUCGCCUGCACCGGCUGCGGCGCGCUCGAUGAUGACCGCCUCUUUGCUGGCGCCGGAUCGCCCGCCCCGAUCCGAUCGCUCUGCGGAUCCUGCGGCGGAGGCGCGGCCGCAGCGGCAAGGGGAGCGGUCGUGGUCGCCGACGAGGAGUCGGACACCGAGUCGUGCGUGUCCACGGCGGAAUCGGCGACGGCGGGGAGGCGGAGGGCGAUCGGGGGCGGGCGGGUGGGGGCGAGGGAGAGAGUGCGGCUGGCAGCGGUGGCGGUGUGGGGAGACGCGAAGCGGCGGAGGAAGGGGGAGAUGGUACUGGCCCUGAGGAGAUUGGAGGAGGCAACGGGCGCGCUGGCGGAGGUCAUGGCGAGAGCCGGAGCCAUGGCCAUGCCGGAAGGUUAAGAAGAGCGUCGUUCAUGAUCUUGCCUUUUCUUCAUUUCUUUCUUUCUUUUUUUCUUUCCUUGUUCGAUGAAUCUUGUAGUAUAAAAAAUCCCUAAUUUCUCUA